AUGACAACAAACAUGGCGGCUCGGACUGGCUAAAAUCGUGCUGAACGGAAGACAGUGAAGAAUAACGGCACUAUAGGGCAUAAAAAUGGAGUAAGACGUGACAUUUACUGUAUACAAUGCGUGCAUGGCCGCUGACUACUUAGCUCAGGCUGCUCUUUUCAGAAUUGUGCUAUAACCCGGUUGACUUUAUAUAUGUUACCAGACAGUUACUGGCAAAGGACGCUGACUGUAACCCAUGUAAAACACCCACUACAGCGUCGUAUCUAGUAGCUCAAGUAUAACAAUUUCGGGUGCUCCAACAAUGGACACCAGAGAAAUCACACGUUACGCAAUGCAAAUAGAAAAACUACACAAGGAGGGCAGUUAUGAUUAUGUGUCAUCUCUGCUGGCAGACUUGAGCAGCAGUGCUGUCACCUUGGAGCAGCUGCAGACCACUGACAUUGCCAAGACUGUGUAUCAGCUUUUAAAGUCAUGUCCAGCAACUACUGUUCAGAAAACAGCGAAGGGGCUGCUCUCAAAAUGGAAGCGGCUGCACGGCUCUCAUGAACAUAAAAAUGCCAAAGGCAGUCAAAUGAAUGAACAUGAACCACCUGACAAAGGUGAAACUGAAAUAGCUCAGUCUGUUGCCAGUGAGCAGCAAGUGAACGAGCGUGAAACAGUUUUGUGCCACACAGUUGUCAGCCAAGACUCAAAUCUCCAUUCAAAUCAGCUGUCUUCUGAAGAGACUACUUUAUCACUGCAGAUAAAAGAAUGCACAACUUCUCUGAAGGCAGAGGAAGGCGAGGCUGCUGCCUCAGCACCCAAACACACUGGAGAAGAAAAUUCAAGAACUUUCUCAGUGGUUCCACCUCAACCUAGAAGUCCCACAGACUCUCCAGCUUUGAGAAGGAAGUGCACGGAGCUGCUACUCCAGGCUUUAACCCCAUCUCAGAAAACAGAUCCUGAGAGCACCAACCAGCUGUCCACCAUAGCUCAAGCCAUAGAAAGGCACGUUCAUGCUGUCCAUGGCCAGAACCAGGUCAAGUACAAGUCAUGUAUAAGAAGCAAGGUGGCCAACCUGAAGAACCCGAAGAACCCUCACCUCCGUCAGGGUCUGCUGACUGGAACCCUGGCUCCGGAGGUUUUUGCUCAGAUGUCAGUGGAGGAGAUGGCUGGUGAGGAGCUCCAGAGGUUGAGAGAGGGCUAUACAUCUGCAGCCAUCAGUGAACACCAGCUCCCCCAGAGACUGGAAGGGACGACUACCACAAAGGUGCGCUGCAAGCGCUGCCAGGGCAUGAACUGCAGGGUGACCCAAGUCCCCCGUGGGACGCUUUUCCUACCCUCUUGGGUGAGGAGUGGGAACGCAGACGAGGACGCCAUGACCUUCUUGACCUGCACUGGCUGUGGGGAGCAGUGGUACCAUAGCCGAUGGGUGUGCCUUUGAAUUAGCCUAGUGGAGACAAGGACUGGAGAUUAAUUUUUGAUGACUAAUGUUUGAAAAAAGUGUUACUGACAUAUUAUUUAAAGUAGUAGUUUGCCAAAAUAAAAAUAAUUUUAUAUUAUUGUCACAUUA